UCAAACCUGAAGAAACUCUCUGCUCCCCUUCGUGCAUCAUGAGAUAUUUUUUUUCCGCUAAGCAAGCUAGCCAGCUCAACGAGCUCGAUUUCAACCCACUUGGCAUCGGAGCCGCUCCUUCACUCUUCAUCUGCCUCUAGGGGCAGCAACCUUUGUGCUGCUCCAUUUUAAUAUCGUAGAUUCGUAGCCACACACAGUAGAUGAAGCGGUCACUACUCCUGGCUACUACUGGAUGAUUAGUUUAUGGUGCAUAUAGCCUAUAAAUAUAGCUGCGGUUUGAUGUAUUGCUUCUUCAUCAGCUUCUAUCUUGUUCUAAUUCAGAGAUCGAUCAAUUGAGUUGAAAGAAAAUUCUAAAAUAAAAUUGAGUUGAAAGUUUGUGUAGUGAUCAGCAAUGCUGAAGACGUUUGCUUUCGAGGAGAAGGAGAUGGCGCGCGUGUUGUUCCUCGUGUCGCAGGAGCAUGCGAUGCAGAUGCCUAUGCCGAUGCCGGUUCUGAUGGACAUGCGUGGUGAUCGCGCCCCGGAGCGGGCGUUCAUGUGCAAGACGUGCGGCCGCGUGUUCCCGUCGUUCCAGGCGCUGGGCGGGCACCGCGCCAGCCACAAGAAGCCGCGGGUGGACGGCGACGGCGCAGAUCUCAAGCACAAACUGCACUGCUGCUCCAUCUGUGGCCGCGAGUUCGCCAUUGGCCAAGCGCUCGGCGGCCACAUGCGGCGCCACCGCGCCAUGGGCGGCGUCAUGGCGCCGCUGGCGGUGAUCAAGAAGCCCCGCGGGGUUGCUGUUGGCCGCGGCAACAAGCGCGGGCUGUGGCUCGACCUGAACCAUCCGCCUUGCGGCGACGACGCCGAUCACGGCGAGUGCGGCCACGACGCUGCUGCCGCCGGGUACAAGUUCCAUCAGUUUUUGGACACUGGGAUCAUGGCGGUCGACUGCGUCUAGCUGCCACACACAUUUGCCGGGUUUUUGCCGGAUAGUAGAUAUGAGUGCCUGAUAGAAGGCAUGUCACAUAGAUCAUUUCUUUUUGAGGUGGUAGUGUGCUCAAUUUGGUGGCUUGUAGGCUUACCAGAGCUAGUUACCACGGGUUUACCGGUCAUUAUUUCUCCGGUUAUAUUUAUGAAAAACCCUUCGUCAAUUGGCUCAAUGUAAUUAUAUAUUUAGUGAGAGUAAAAUAUAUACGGGGCUUGUGGAUCA